UGCUUUCUUUCCUUGGGGCAGCUGUAACCAAGUUCUGCAGAGAACACCAGGCUCUGAUCUCAGUUGUGUUUGGCUGAUCCUGCUGCAGGGCAGGACUGGGAUGUCCAUGGCUGUGCUGGUGAGGGCACACUGCUUACGGAUCAGGGGUGAGCUGGCUGGAUUGUCCCUGCAGCAGGACAGGAGCGAGGGCUGGGUGCUGCUCACAGCAGCCAGGUCAGACUCUUGGUGCUGCUGUUGAACUGAGCUUUGCUUCUCUCAGUUUGUGGGCAGUUGCCUUUUUUAUCGGUGCUGGGAUGUGUUUGUGUAACCCCUGCUGCUGGAGGGAGACGUGGCAAAGGGGCCAAGGGACAGGGCUGUCACUGAGCCCCCGGGGCGUGCACGGCCCUUGAACACCAAGGGUUCAUGUGUUCUGCUGCACCUCUGCUCCCCUGGGCUUUGGGGUCUUCCUCAGCUCUCUCCAGGCGCUGGGAGUGCACAGGAACAGAAUUCUCCCUUGGGCUGUGUCUGAUCUGGGGAUCAAGGCAGCUCCGUGGUGGUUCCUGGAGGGAGCUGGCUUAUCCUGCAGGGAGCUGUGUCUGCUCAGGACUGGCGGCUGCUCCUCCACGGGGGGGUCAGGAUAGAGCAGCUUAAAGGCCAAGCUGCAAAGCUGGCCUACUUCUGUGUUUUAAGUCACAGAGUUUAAGUACAGGAGGGUGGAAGACCUAGCAAACAUCAUGAAUUACAAGGCUUUGCUCCUCCACAGUUCUGGAAAAAAGAAUUCUCAGCUGAUGGUUUUGAUUCCGUGGCCUUGGUGUGAAAACAGCUCUGCUGCUGCUGCAAGCAGGGAUGGCUGGAGCACCUCGAUUUCGGAGGCUGAAGUCUCUGCUGCACCUCUGACCUGGAGGAAAGCUGCCAGACUCUUUUGGCAGAAUACUUUGGAGAAGCAGCAAAGAGCAGGUGUAGCUCAGACAGAGCCUGUGCACAGGCAGGUUGUGUGGUCAGCUUGGCGUUCCCUGUGACACACUGGGGUGCUGCGGGGACAGUGGGGAGAUGCUGCCAUUCCUGCCUCUGGCUGCGUUUGUCACCGAAGGAGGGGACAGCCUGUUCUGCCCAGGUCAGUGUCUGAUGGCAGCAGCCUGAGGGGGGCACAUCGAUGGGGCAGAAAAAGAAAUUGCAAACUUGAUUUACUGAAAGGAUCAGCUGUUCCCUGCUAGGUCCUGACUCCAGCAGUUGUGUCUACAACUUCACUUGACUUCUGAACACUUCUGUUUUACUUCCUAAAGAGCCUGGGUGACUAAAGACCCCCAGGAUGGCCAGUGCCUGGCCACAGGAACCAGGGGGAGCUGCACAGGCUUUACCUGAAUGUUAAUUAAAGCUAAACGUAGUAGUUAGAAAUAUAUCCUGAGCUCUGUGCUUGCGAAAGAUAAAUCCUGAGCAAAGAAAAGCAGAAGAGCAGCCACUCUCCUUAUGGACCCCAAAGGUGGAGCGUUAGGGAUACGCUAAUCCCUGCACAGCCUCGUCACCAAGAGGAUUAGGCAGGAGUUCAUCCGGUGGCCGAGGGGCCGGAGUGCAUGGCUGGGUAAGGGGGCAGCGGGGAGGGGGCAGCGGGGAUCCGGCUCACGGCGAGCCGGGACAGCCCCUGGCACGUGUUGGCAUCGCUCCCUCCGUGCCCGGAGCGGGGCCAGGCAAGUCUCAGCUGUGUCCCCCGGUCCGCAGGUGCCAUGGGCCGGCAGCGCGCCCCGCCCGAGCCCUGCUGGCGGCGGCUCCUGCGCUCCGGCUGCCGCGGGCUGCUGGCGCUCUGCGGGACGGCGCUGCGGGGGCUGCGGGCGCUCUGGAGCCUCACCUGGGUCGGUACCGCAGAGCCGCUUCCCCUGGGACCUCCACGCUCCUGUGCCGGCUCCAAACGCGGCGUGUGGCCGGACCGGGGCAGGGGCAGGGGUGCUGCUGGGUGCAAUCGCUGCACCGCUGCUGCUGGGGCUGGGGUUUGCUGCAGCUGGGCAGGGGCAGGAGUGCUGCUGGGUGCAAUCGCUGCACUACUGGGGCUGGGGCUGGGGUUUGCUGCAGCUGGGCAGGAGUGCUGCUGGGUGCAAUCGCUGCACUGCUGGGGCUGGGGGUUGUUGGGUUGUUGCAGCUGGGCAGGGGCAGGGGUGCUGCUGGGUGCAAUCAUUGCACCGCUGCUGCUUGGGCUGGGGUUUGCUGCAGCUGGGCAGGAGUGCUGCUGGGUGCAGUCGCUGCACUGCUGGGGCUGGGGUUUGUUGCAGCUGCUGGGGCUGCUGGAGGGCGGGGGAGUGCUGCACCACAACUCCCGGCUGCGGGAGUGGGACCCUCGUCCCGCGGCUGGUUCUGGGCUCAAGGCGCUGUGUCGUUGUGCCCACCAAGAGCCCCGGGGACAUGGGGACACCGCUGCAGGCACUGCACUCCGCAGGGCAGGCGUGAGCCGUGCUCUCCCCCAGGUCCUGCUGAUGUGCUACAAGAGCUGCUGGGAUGGCGCCUUCCAGGUCACCGAGGAGCUCGGCACAGCCCUGCAGCUUAGACUAGAGGGGAGUGAGGAGGAUGUGGACUCAGAUUCUGCAUGGGAGCCUGGACAGAGAGGGCAGCGGUGGGGCAGCAGUGGCGUGGCGAUGGCAGCGAGGCCGUGCUGGGGAGGCUGGAGGCUCUGGAGGCCGACGUGCGCUUCCUCUGCACCGAGCUGGGGGCUGAGAAGCUGCUGUGGAGCAGCCGGUUCCUGGAGCUGCUGCGGGAGCAGCAGAGCCUGCGCCAACGGCUGCAGGAGCUGCCGUGGCAGUGGAACAGUGCUGACAGCCCCGAGCUGCUAGGGGAAGCAGAGGACCAAAGUGCCAGUGGGAGUGAGGGAGAGAGCCCAGAAGGUAAGGGCUGGGAAUUGGGGGGGCACAGGGAGCCAGUAGCUGGGGACAGGAGCAAUGUGCUGACCUCUGCUCAUGGGCACUGUGGGCAGUCCACCAGCUGCCACCUGGGCACUGGGUGGCACUGGGCAGCCCAGGGAGGUAGGUGCUGGGAAAGGCUCCCAGUUCUCUGCAUCUGUGCCCACCAGGAGCAUGGCUGGGUGCUCCCACUGGUGUCCCCUCUCUCUCCUUUGCUCUUUUCUAGCACGCCAGUGGAUGGAGUCAUCUCGGCAACCACGUGGCUCCAUCCAGCCUGACAGGCAGAAAAUGUAAGUGAAGGUGUGAGCAGGGCCUCAGCAAACCAGGAAGGAUCCACACGUUCCUCCCUGCCCAGGCCCUGCAGGACACAGCCAGGCUGGUGCAGUCCCAGCUGUAUCCCUGUAUGUGCCUCCAUCCCUCGGUGCUGGCUGGGCCCGGCCCCAUCCGGCAGGACUGCAGCCAUUUCCCAGGAGCAGGAACCAGCUGGAGGCAGGUCAGGACAAGCCACUGGCCCUGGGUCUGCCCCACGACACGUCACAGCCCUCCCUGCCCGGGCUGACUGUGCCCCACAGUCAGGCACAGCCCACCGAGGAGCAUCCUCCUGCUCUGCUGCUUGUUGGGAGGUUCCAGGAGUCUGGCAUCAGUCGCCUUGCACCGGGUGAAGGAUUGCAAAACUCCCCCGUUGGCUUCCUGAUCCACCGGAUCCAUCCUCUCCCUCGGCUGCUCCCGCAAGCCUGGCCAGCUCCUUGAGACAGUGGCCAAGGGGGCCGGCUCCUGGGCCACUGCUGGCCCCUCGCUGGCCACAACAGCUCCUGCAGGGAGCAGGGCUGAGGGGCUGCCCGGUGCCCAGGGCUGGGCUGGCACAGGGGGGCUGUGCCCUGCCCCGGGCUCCCAGUGCUCAAUACAGGCAGCUG